AUGGAAAUGCUCGGCGUCUUCACAUACCUUCUCGAAGAGCUCGGCGUCAAGGGCGUUCAGUUCGAGGAGCUCUUGACCCUCGAGCCCGAAACCCUGGCCUCUCUCCACCCCGUCUACGGCGUCAUCUUCCUCUUCAAGUACCCAACCGACCAACCAUACCGAGCCGAGAAGCCUCUCGAUGGCGACUUUGACCACGACGCCGCCGACGACGGCACACUCUUCUUCGCGAGCCAGACCAUCCAGAACGCGUGCGGCACGCAGGCCCUGCUCUCCGUCCUGCUCAACCGCACCGCCGACGUCGAGGUCGGCCCGGCCCUGUCCGACUUUAGGGAGUUCACCAUGCCCUUACCCGCCGAGUUCCGCGGUGAAGCUCUAUCCAACUCGGACCUGAUCCGCAGCGUACACAACAGCUUCGCGCGCUCCUCUCCCUUCGCCGACGAGACGACCCGGCCCGCCGACGCCGACUCGGAGGACGCCUUCCACUUCAUCGCCUACACCGCCGCGGGCGGCCGGCUCUGGGAGCUCGACGGCCUGCAGCCCGCGCCCAUCAGCCACGGGCCCUGCGACGGCACCGACGGCGAGGACUUUGCCAACAAGGUCAUGGCCGUCCUGCAGCGCCGCAUGCAGCGCUACGAGUCGUCCGAGAUACGCUUCAACCUGCUCGCAAUGUGCCGCGACCUGCGCCUGCGCGCCGCCGAGCUGGGCGACGCCGAGGCCGCCGAGCGUGAGCGGAGGAAGCGCCGCGAGUGGCGCUUCGAGAACGCCCUGCGCAGACACAACUUUGUCGGCUUCGCCGGCGAGGUGCUGCGCGGCGUCGUGGCCGCCAAGGUCAACGAAGGCGGCGGAAACGACGCUUAUGAUAAGUGGGUCGAGCAGGCUAAACAGAAGAUGGUCAAGAGGAUAGGAGACAGGUCCGAGAGGAAGAGGAGUGCCGGUGGCGGAGGCGACGUUGAGAUGGCUGGUUGA